UAUUUAUGGUAAACACAACGACAGCGUCAGAAACUUUUGAUCGUGUUAUGCAACGAUUACUCUGAGCUUUUGAAGAGAUAAAUAAAGUGAGAAAGAUGUCUGCAAUCAACAGAAAAAUCGUUUACACCGCUACUGCCCCAGCUGCGAUUGGACCAUACAGCCAGGCGGUGGUAGUGGACAGGACCAUGUACAUUUCGGGGCAGAUUGGGAUGGACGUUGCCUCUGGUCAGGUGGUGGAGGGGGGCGUGCAAGCGCAGGCCAAGCAGGCUCUUGUUAACAUGGGGGAGAUCCUUAAAGCUGCCGGCUGUGACUAUAAAAAUGUGGUGAAGACAACAGUGCUGCUCGCUGAUAUAAAUGAUUUCAAUAACGUCAAUGAAGUUUACAAAUCAUUUUUCAGCAGUAACUUCCCUGCUCGAGCUGCGUAUCAGGUGGCUGCUCUUCCCAGAGGAGCAUUGGUGGAAAUUGAAGCUAUUGCCGUGCUUGGUCCCAUUUCAGACUCCUGACUAACUGCUCCAAUCACAAACAAGCUAUAGUUUAAGCAGACAACUGACCAUUCCACUUAACACCAUAGACAUUUCACUAUAAUCACAACAUUCAUAAUUUACUACAUAUAUUUUCAUUCUUUUUGAUACUGCCAUUAACAGUUUGUACAAGUAAUGAAUUAUUAGAUCACCAAUAGCACUUCAUAGCUGUAAGUGGUAAGAUAAUAAGUAAUAAGAAAUAAAUGCUUUUGAUAAAAACCUAAAACAUUUUUGUUAUUUAUUCUUUCA